AUGGAUUUAGAUUUUGAUGUAUUGGAAGAUGAUGAAUUAGACGCAUUCAAUUUAAUUGUUUAUGGAAUACCACGAAAUGUUCGUGUACGUGCUAAUUAUUUUGAAAAAUAUGACGAAUUAAAUUUUUUCAGAAUGUUUCGGUUAGAGAAACAGUCUGUUAUAAAUAUAUUAGAACAAAUUGAAGAUCAUCUAAAGUAUACACAUAACAGAAAUAAUUUGGUUACACCAAUGCAACAGUUGCUUAUUACUUUACGUUUCUACGCAACUAAUGGAUUUUUGAUCACAAUGGGUGACUAUGGUGGAAUGGACAAAUCUACAGUUUCAAGAAUAGUUGUUAGAGUAUUUGAAGCUAUAGCUUCCUUGGCACAUAUUUACGUAAAAUUACCACAAACACAAGAAGAUAUUUUACAAGCUCAAAGAGAUUUUUUUAAAAUUGCUGCAUUUCCUAAA